AAAUCUAAUCGCGUUCGCGGGGAGGGGGGACACGUAGUUGAAGUCCAUCAUGUCCUUCUAUCACGUUGAUCGGACAGUGUCAGUACUAGUUGUGCUUGUUUGACCACCUUCUUUCGAAUCGUCAAAUGAUGUAACAACAGAUUUGGAGUGGAUGCCAUUCUCUAUGGAAUCAAUAUCGUAUUGGUUUUCACAGCUCUCGUCGUCCUUAUCCUCAGGUCUCGCACAGUGAAGAACAAAGACACCUUGAUUUUUAUGACCUGCUUUCUCUUUUCGUUGUGUACUGCCCGCUUUGCGAUCAAUUUCCAUAAUGUUUACGAUGGACUGCUCAUCCAUCCACGGCCGAUCUCAGAAGAGACCAAGCUGCUGGAAGGAGCGGAUGCGCUGUUCUACUUUACCGACUUCACUGCGGAAGUUGUCCUAAUAUACCGUUGCUGGUUGGUAUGGGGAAAGGAUCAUAGCGUCACUAUUUUCCCGUUCUUAAUGGCGUUGGGAGCUCUAGGUUGCGGCAUGACGAGCUUAGGUCUUCUCAACAAAAUUGAUGCGACGUCAAACCAGGCACCAGCAGCAAUUGUUCCCCUCGGGACCUCUGGCUUUGCGUUGUCCCUCUGCUGCAACUUCUUCCUUACAGCUCUAAUCGUUGGCAGAAUCUGGUACAUGUCCAGACAAAUGAAUAAGGCAAUGCCGGACAAAGACGACUCCCUACCGAAAGCUAUGAGCAUAAUGGUCGAAUCCGGAACGUUAGUGUUAGUCGUUCAGCUCAUUCUUAUCGUCUUGUUUGCGAUUAGACAUCCGGCACAAGCUAUUAUGGUUCCCGCUGCUACGCAAAUCUAUGGUAUCGCGCCGACUAUGAUCAUUGUGCGGUCCGGAUUGGGAACUGCCUUCGAGCCGGCUGUUCCGAAGCAAUCGAGUCUGCGCUUCAUGAGCUUUAUUCGGAAGACUCAGCAUACCAGUGGUGCCACUGAUUCGACCGACGUCACUGAUUCAACCAAACUACCUGAGUGGGAACUCUCUGUGCACAGUGGAAUGGGACAGUCAGCAUCAUUCCUUCGAAACGAUGUCGAUGGAAAACCAGAUUUCGAUGAGGUGUGACCCUGAGUUUAGUGUUGGGUUGUGUAUUUUUCUGGUAUUUAUAUUUGUAAAACUAUAUCGUUCCCGUGAACACCGCGGUUUUUAUCGCUCUCCCGGUUCCCAUUAUCUGUUUUGCCUUUUGACCGCAUCUACUCUUUUGCACUCUGGAGUUACACAUGUCCAUUUUCUUCUUAUAGAGGUUCUCGUCUUCUUCGUUCCUAUCAUCAAAUUCUCCUUCGCUGAAGCUAGGACUUCGACAUUUAUGAUAUGUCACGAAGCUGUCCAUCAGACCUCGACCUAAUCUCUGGAUGUAAAUGAAUCUGAACGAAAAUAUCAUAUUGCGAAGCUUCGUUUCUCCCCCGGGUUCAUUGGACGACAGUGGCCACGCAGUAUGUGCAAAGGUCUAGACUGUCUGUACAGAAGACGUCGAGAUCG